GUGGUACGGGUGGCAGUGGCUCAUCGCAACCGACAGCGACCGCGCGUCUAUCAAGCUCCGGCCAUGUCUGCGAACGGCUCGGCCGCCGCCGAAUCGCGGCUCUGCCACGUGCGAAAAGUCCCGGAUUUCGACGGCUACGGAUUUAAUUUGCAUGCCGAGAAAGGGAAACCCGGCCAGUACAUCGGCAAGGUGGAUGAUGGAUCACCAGCAGAGAAGGCCGGGUUGCGACGCGGCGACCGCAUCCUUGAAGUAAACGGACACGGUAUCGCGGGUGAGACGCACAAACAAGUAGUAGCUCGCAUCAAGGAGCGCUCGGAUGAUGCUGAAUUGUUGGUAGUGGCCCCGGCGCCGGGAGAACCAGUUCCCGACUUAGACGCACCGGAACAGAAACAAGCCAAUAACGUAUCCACCGAGUCGACGUCGACUACUGGUUCCACGGGCUCCGAUAGAACGGAUGGUGCUUCGCCAGAGCCGCCGCGUUUAAAUUUACAGAUGACAGCGGCGGAGAUGCGUGCUUACCUAGCUGCUAAGAAGAAAGUGGACCCAAAAAAGGUGCCGAUGGAUCUCAAAUCCAAGUUCGAUAUCGUUAAAAAGUUGUGAAGUGUGUUGCAUGCGAGCGUAUAAACCUCUAGUACAUUAUACGCUACUGGCGGACGCGCAGGUGUAUUGCGAUGUUGCCAGUCCGCGCUGAGACACUGGUUUACCUGGGUUAUACCAUGUCAUGUUUGAUUUGUGAUCGUUUCUGUACAAUUUUUGUAUCUACCGCAAGAAUCUAACAUAUCGUGCCUUUUUAAUUGCCAUUGAAAGUUGUACAUAGGUACUGAGUUUUAAGGAAAUUGAAUUUUUUAUUUUAUUUAUAUGCGUAUCAUAUAAAUUUUAUUAAUUGUUUAGUUAGAAUAAUGUUAAUUAAAUGCAAUUAUUGUUGAGUGAUUUAAUAAAGAUGUUGAAAGUG